UACAUGCAUUCACACACUCUUCAAUUAUGCUUUUUUAUUUUUUAUUUUUUUGAAUUAUGGCUUUUCUUUUAUUAUGGAUGAGAAUGCCAGAUUUAGAUCCAUCAUGCUGUUUUAAUUGUCUUGGAAACUUCAAUCUAUCCGGUUUUUCAUGAAAUGCAUUCCAAAUGAUACUUAUUUAAAUUUGGAGUUGUUUUUUUUUUUUUUAAUAUAAAAUAAUAGUUUGUUUAUGUUAAUGGUUUUCUGAGUAAUGUGUGGUUCUUUAUGAUGUGCAUGUGGGUGUCUUCUAUGUUGAGAUGCUGGCUAGUGGGCUUUGUUGAGUACAAUUAGUAUACUGUAGAACUUGUGAUGAAUCAACUGUGAUCUAUUGAGGUGCAUAGAACGCGGGGGGCUAGCUGUGUGGUAUCUGCAAAUGAUCUUACUUAUUUGAUUUCAAUUGUAGUUAGACACUAGCUUCUCGGACCGGAACACUAAACAUGGAAUCCAACGGUCAUAGAAGAGCAAAGAGAUAUGAUUGUGUCAUUAAAGAAAAUGGUGAUUCCCAUUUAUUGUUGAAUGAUGAUGAACAUGAUCCAUGGACCGCGUGGGCAUACAAGCCUCGCACGAUCACAUUGUUACUUAUUGGUGCAGGCUUUCUUAUUUGGGCAAGUGGAGCGCUUGAUCCAGAACGAGAUGCAUCAGGCGAUGUUGUUACUUCAGUUAAAAGGGGUGUAUGGGCAAUGAUUACUGUUUUUCUCACUUAUUGCUUGCUGCAAGCUCCAUCCACGGUUCUCAUUAGGCCACAUCCUGCAAUUUGGCGCUUGGUACAUGGGAUGGCUGUUGUAUACCUGGUUGCUCUCACAUUUUUGCUUUUUCAGAAGCGCGAUGAUGCACGACAGUUCAUGAAGUAUCUUCAUCCUGAUCUUGGCGUUGAACUUCCAGAACGAUCUUAUGGUGCUGAUUGUCGCAUAUAUCUACCUGAAAACCCUGCUAGCAGGUUUAAGAAUGUUUAUGAGACACUUUUUGAUGAGUUUGUUCUUGCACACAUUAUUGGAUGGUGGGGGAAGGCGAUAUUGAUUCGUAAUCAGCCUCUUCUUUGGGUGCUAUCAAUUGGUUUUGAGUUGAUGGAGCUUACUUUUCGUCACAUGUUACCGAAUUUCAAUGAGUGCUGGUGGGACAGUAUUAUUCUGGACAUCUUGAUCUGCAAUUGGUUUGGAAUUUGGGCCGGAAUGCAUACUGUUCGGUACUUUGAUGGGAAAACAUACAAGUGGGUUGGUCUUAGCCGCCAGCCUAAUAUAAUAGGAAAAGUGAAACGAACAUUAGGCCAAUUCACACCGGCUCAAUGGGACAAAGACGAGUGGCAUCCAUUGCAGGGUCCGUGGCGUUUUAUUCAAGUCCUUAGUCUUUGCAUUGUAUUUUUGACAGUAGAGCUCAACACAUUCUUUUUGAAGUUUUGUCUAUGGAUACCUCCACGAAAUUCAGUUGUUAUAUAUAGGUUAAUUUUGUGGUGGUUACUUGCAAUUCCAACAAUUCGCGAAUACAACACAUACCUUCAAGACAGUCUUUGUGAACAUUUUUUCAGUAAGCCAGUGAAAAAGGUUGGAGCUUAUUGUUGGCUCUCCCUCGCCAUUUGUAUUGUAGAACUUCUCAUUUGCAUCAAAUUUGGACAUGGCUUAUAUCCGAAGUCGAUGCCUUUGUGGCUGGUUAUUUUGUGGUCAUCUGUUGGAGUGGGAAUUGUUACAUUUUUGGUUCUAUGGUCUUGGCAAUUGCAUCGGAGUCUAGAAAGAAAGAGGCGAUAAAUUAAUUUUUACUACUAUUGUAGUGCAAUAUUAUUAUUAUUAUUCUUUGAUUCCUUGUUAAUUUUGAUGGGUAUUCUAUUCAUAGGAGCCAUACAGUGUGUAAAUACUAUCACCAACCUCCUCCUCAUAAUUGUAAAUGUUUGCGCGAUUAUUCAUUCUUUUUCCUAAGGUAGAGAGAAUCACUGGACCAUACUGUAUUUCUGGCAGAGGCUAAAUAGGUUUGUUUUGCCAAUUUCUGAAAUUUGGAAGUUGGAAUGAAUCAAUCAUUCUGAAACGUGUAUUCAGUCAUUUCAAUGAAAAUUCACAUUGUAUGCAUUGAUUUA